AUGUCUGCCUAUCAAUCUCAUGCCCACGCCCAGCAGGGCCACGCUGCGGUCCCGCGACAGUUCCCCGCGUUCAACCCGGUCGCCGCUGUUACCGCACCCGCGGGGACCUUUCUCCCCGGGACCAAGGUCCAGGUGGGCGGCCAUCGCGUGGUGGUGGAGAAAUACCUGUCCGAGGGCGGUUUCGCUCAUGUCUACGUGGUGCGGCUGCCAAAGCCCGUCAACGGCACGGAGACGGCAGUGCUGAAGCGGGUUGCCGUCCCCGACAAGUCGGCUCUGGCUAGCAUGCGCACCGAGGUAGAGACCAUGAAGAAGCUCAAGGGACACCGGCAUAUUGUCAGAUAUAUCGAUUCGCAUGCCUCGCAGUUACAAGGAGGCGGAUACGAGGUCUUCCUACUCAUGGAGUAUUGCGGGGGCGGUGGUUUGAUUGACUUUAUGAACACCCGGCUCCAGAACCGGUUGACGGAGCCAGAGAUUGUCAAGAUCUUUUCGGACGUGGCCGAGGGAGUGGCUUGCAUGCACUACCUGAAGCCACCCCUGCUCCAUCGAGAUCUUAAGGUAGAGAAUGUUCUGAUCUCGCGCUCCCAAGGUUCGACCAUCUAUAAGCUGUGCGACUUUGGAUCUUCGGCGCCUCCCCGUCCGGCUGCUACAUCGGCUGCCGAAGGUCGCUUGAUCGAAGACGAUGUGCAGCGCCACACGACAAUGCAGUACCGCAGUCCGGAGAUGAUCGAUGUUUACCGGAAGCAACCAAUUGACGAGAAGAGCGACAUCUGGGCGCUCGGUGUGUUCUUGUACAAAUUAUGUUACUAUACGACUCCAUUCGAAGAGGUUGGACAAAUGGCCAUCCUCAACGCUAGCUACAAAUUCCCCGCAUACCCUCAAUUUUCGGAUCGGUUGAAGAUGUUAAUUGCAAUUAUGCUUAAGGAGAAUCCACAGAAGCGUCCGAAUAUAUACGAGGUGGUCAAGGAGGUUUGCGACAUGCAAAAGAAGGAGGUUCCAAUUCGCGAUAUCUACUCCAAUCGGUCAGUCUCCGAAGUGCGACGGAAUCAGGAACUGCCACCUACGCCAACGGAAGCGCCGGCGGUGGGGGCUACAUUCUCCCCUCCCAUGCAGGAGACUGAGAUCAUUCCCGAGAUUGCACCCAUGCGAAGAGGCCGGCCCGGGAAGCCUCAAUCGUCUGCGCAUAGCUCGGCUAAACCCAGUCCUUCUCCAUACCGCGGUGGUUCUAAGACAUCAUCUCACGAUCCCUUUGCAGCAUUGGACGGAAAUUCAAAGAAGAAUGCGGAUGAGCUAUCGAACCGAUUCCCAACGCUGGACCAGUUUGAUAUUCUACAUGAGAAGGGAGACAAGUUUGAGUUUGAGCCAACUGUGAAGGAAACCAAAUCCGAGGAUGAGGAUCUUUCGCAGAGGCUCACAAAUGCGCUGGCUGACGAUGCUUUUGCACGACGGGCCUCUCCAGAGCGACAAGCGCCUCCCGCAGAUCGGCGGUCGCAGAUCUCGCCCGUGCGGUCACAGAAGCCUCAGGAGGUGUCUACUCGGCAACAAGCUCCUCUAUACCAGCCAACUCCUAAGCGACCUGCAAUGGUCUCCACGGGUACCAUGACAUCUCCUUCUCAAACACCUCGUCUGCAAGAGCCGAAGAUUUCGAGUCGACCAAUCUGGCGCGUCCCACCUUCUGACGAGCGACGACCAUCCAGCCAGCCUUGGACGGAGGAGGAACAGAAAGUCUCCGGAUUUAAGGCCCCGUCACCGCCAUCGGCCACUUUGAGGCCGGAAGCGAGUCCACGUCUGUCUUCUGAUCGGUUGUCCAGUCACUCUACUUCUGCGCGUCCCUCCAUGGAGACUCUACGACGCCCAUCCGGCUUGGAAGCAACUGAUCCAGUUAGUCGAUCCAAGUCUGCUAUUGGGAAGGCGCGCCCUGUCUCUGUCCAAGCUUCAUCUCGUUACGACCUCCCGCGUGACUCGGAGACGUCACGCUCGUCUUUGGAUCUCUCGCACCUGCAAUACGAAGGCGGUGCUCCCCUUCGGCCGGUGCGCACGGAGAUUGAUCGGGACUAUGAGCGAGCCAACAUUUCCUCGGAUAUGGACUAUUUGCGCGCGAAGGAAGAGGAGGAAAGCAACCGUAAGCGCGAGAAACGGUCGAGCAGCGGCGCCAAACAUGCCAAGCGAGGAAGCUUGUCUACUUUGUCGUUGUCUGGAAGCAAGACAUUGUUUGCCGGUCGUUUUGGCGAGGCAUUCCGCCGCUUCGAAAGUACAAACCAGGAAAAGGCCUCCACUCCGACAGCGGAAGAAUAUCCUCAGCACCAAAAGUCCUUGAUGGGCGAUUCGGAAGCUUUGGAUUCGUCGCCAAAUGAGGGGCUUUCAUCAUAUGAAGAUGAUGUUUUGGAAGAUGUGGACCGCGAUGAUAUCUCUCCGGAAAUGCGCCGUGAGCUCGAGCGCCGCCGGCUCUCUCAGGAAGAGAAACGCGUUGCCAAUGCUGCAGCGGAGUAUAGGCGCCGGGUCGCCGAAGGCGAUGGAAGCGGCCAGCAUCGAUCUCGAGCGAUUUUGAACCGGGUGCAGAAUUUCAUCGGCGAGUCCAACAAGCCCCAGGUGGCUCCCAAGACCGCAACUGGGUAUGGGAAAUACACCGAUUCCAAUGCUUUGCAGGCAAAGCAAGGUGGCAGUGAAAACCGGCCCCCCUCCUCAGGCACGCUUCCCAUCUCGCGUACCCCCGGUCCCAUUUACGGUGCUCGCGAAGGGACCAUGGCCCCUCCAGACCGUCGUGAAGGUGCCAGUGCCCCCGCAGAUCUACCUCAGUCUGCCACCGCCAACUCUACCGGUUACUCAUCUGCUCGUCCCCCAUCACGACCUACAGCCCCACCGAAGCCAAAGAACCUGCGUGUAGGCGCGCAGGACUCAUCCCGUCCUGGAACAAGCCAAGACCGCAGCCCCUCCGUAGCGACACCGACGAGCCCCGGAGGAGAAGACUGGGAGGCGAACUUUAGCCGGCGAUUCCCAAGUCUUUCUGGCCUAGAGAUGGAAACGGAAAUUGAGGUGCCGAAAUACCCCAAGCUCAGAACCCGGGAGGUCUAG